AUGGCCAACUUACCAGCUUACUCAGAACCUUCAUUUCUCUUACAAGUCGAAAAUCAAUUCCCAGAAUGUCCAGCCAUGACAGCCGGUAAAUUGCUCAGUCAUACCACUAACUUUCGACAUCAUAACGAACUUUGGCCACAUGAACUUUGGGAUUAUGAAUUUGACAUUCAAGGGACUUGUUGGGAGAAGUUACCAGAUUUGCCUAUCAUUGAAAAGGAAGAAGAGAUUUCAAGCCCUACUCCGGCUGCUCAGUCAACAACAGAACCUUCUGAACCUAUUCGAUCACCUCGAGCCAAAUCUGAAUCUAACGAACAUUCAAAAUUUCCGAUUCUCUCGAAAGCUGAACUUCACCUUGCAAGACCCCAUGCCAAUGCACUCUUUUGUCCUAUCGAAUGGAAAUGGGUUGUGAUCAAAAGUUUUGGUGACGAUCAUCUUCCGAAUCAAUGUCCUGGUUUGGCUCCCAAGGGUUCAUCAUCAAGUGACCCAGUAAUGCUGAUCGAGAACCAGAAUGAGAACAGUACCGAACAAGAUGGAAUUCAAAUCGAACCUACACCAGAUUCAAUCGGACAUCAUUUUUUUCAAAUUUAUAGAGGUGUAGUCGAACAAGCUAGAGCUGGUACAUUACAUCCUAAUCCAAUUUCAAUUUUCGAUCAUGAAGGUCAAGUAAUAAAAGAACUUGUUGAAGUCAAAGUAAAACCAGAAAACUGCAAAUUAGGAUGGGAUGCAAUGAUUUGUUGUAGUUGUAGGCAAGGAAUCGCAGUUUCGACGGUACAAACUGCUAUCCCCUCAGUUUUUUCUAAACCUCAUGCGGAAGCUUUGAUUUCUCAAGCACGAUCUUUGGUUUCGAAUCAUCCUUCUUCAACGGCAUUGAAACCCGAGCAGGCAGUUCAUAGGGCCUGGCACACUGUAUUCAUUGUGAUUCAAAAUGCGCUGGUUGAGGGGAAACACUCGCCUUUACCGUUGGACGGCAAAUCCUUGUCUGGUCGAAUGCCGUGGAACCCAGUUUCCGAAUCUAUUUGGUCACAUCUGGGAGCCAAGCGACGCGAGGAUAACGGUAGACCAUUGUUGGUAGUACCAUCCUUGAGUGUGCAAAAAGCAGAUGGAAGAGAAACUCGAGCGAAAUGGAUAAGAGCAUUGAUUGAAGUUUCAGUGUUCUUAAAAUGGAUGAAAAUCAAGUAUCCUUAUCUUGAAGAAUCAUCAAAAACAAAUUAUCAAGUUCCUAUUAAACUUAUACCAGCUCGUCAACAGAUUUUACAGUCGAUAGGAGGCGAUAGUAUUCCGAAAAUCACUUCACCCAGCACUUGGAAGAGUACCGAUGGUCAUCCUCCGGGUUAUGGUUCUUACGCUGCAUUGGGAAUUUUACCAGAUGUGGCAGAUGAGGUAGUGAUUUACGCUUACAAGCUACAAUGCUCACUUUAUCCGAGCAAUCGGUAUCGGUAUUUUGAAGAGCUUAGACAGAUUAAUGGACUAAGAGGUACUCAAUCUGAGAUGAUGCACCCUUUCGUGAGCGAUCUGACCAACAAAGGUGCCGCCGGUGUACAAGAGACCGAAGAGGCUUGGUCGAUCAUUUGCGGUAAAGAACAUGGAUUCGACUUGGAGAAGGAAGAUCAGAUUGCGCAAUCUCUGAACACCAAACUUGAGUCUACCCAGGAUAAAAGUGAAAAGAUUAAACUACGAGAUGCAUUACGAACUCUUGCUUGGGCGAAUCCUUUGAAUCAACUUUUGCAAGCUUUAUUGGCUUCGACAGCUUCAUUGGUUGAUGUACCAGUCCAACCAGAAAUGAGUGUGGAUAAAGCUUAUGCCACUUUGGGUGAUGUACUUCCUGAAACAGAUGACGAAUUGCUUUGGAUGGCAUACGAGUUUGCAACAAGCGAUCAGCCCGGCCAAAAAAAGAUAUUACGCCAGGCGAUUGGCGUCAUUGCCCAACACCGUAACAGUUAUCUUAUUAGAACACGCCUGGCGGCUGAAGAAGCUGGCACCGGCAACUCGACAAGUAUGGACAUAGUGCCGUAUGGGCCUGUAGCGAAUACGCAUGAUAUCCCCGUAGGACUGAACAACAUCGGCAACACCUGUUAUCUAAAUUCUUUAUUACAAUAUUUCUUUUCGGUAAAAGAGUUACGUGAUGUCUUGUUGAGGUUUCCCGAGUACGCUCAAAGUGUAGCGGAUGAUGAACCCGAGAAAGAAGGCAAAAGGGUCGGUGGUAGAGUGGUAUCGAAACCUGAAGUGACAAGAUCAAAACAGUUCGCAUCUCAACUUCAAAACCUGUUCCAAGAGAUGAUUCAAACCCGACAGUCUGCAGUGACACCUGAGCGUGAACUAGCUUUUCUUGCUUUGGUACUUCCCAAAGAUGAAAGUCCUAGCACUGUGAUGGCGAAUAAUAACAACAAUACCUCAUCUGCUAGUACAGAUGCUACAUUGGUAGACGAACGGAGCACGUUUGUAGGACCGCUUAUCAAUGUUCCAGUCGCUACUACUUCCUUACCACUCAACUCUCCUUCAUCAACGGUUCUUGGAAAAAGGAAGAGUGAGAGUAGUGAUACUGAGGAUGAUAUAGAUCAUGGAAAGAUGAUGGAUAUUGAUAAUCCUAGUGUUGGUACUACUUUGGAGGAACAAAACCUUCCAUCAAAUGAUGAAGAUGUCAAGAUGAAUAUAUCAUCACCACAAAGAGUAUCAGAAUCGCUUGAUGACCAAAUCAAAAUUGAUAAACCAACGUUUGAUGAACCUAUAGAAGGAUCAGCUCCAGCUUUUACAACUGAUCAAUCAUCGUCUAGUUUACCUACUCGAUCUUCUGUUACUCCAAUGAAUGGAAAUUCUAGACAAGAGGCCAUUGUGAUUGAUUUAACAGAAGAUACUCCUCACGGUCCUCCUCCUCUUCCUCCCAGACCGAAUCGCAGUCGUAGUUUGGCUGUGACUGAUAGUGGAUCGCAUAUGAUGUUUGGUCGUCAGAAUGAUGUUUCAGAGUGUAUGGACAACUGUCUUUUUCAAAUUCAAGCUGCAUUGGAUGAGACAAAGUUGUCGGCUUCCUAUGGUGAAGAAGGAAACAUUGUGAAAUCUCUGUUUUAUGGUCGAACACGACAGUCUCUGAAAUUCGAUAGCCCAGAAGGCAAGGUCUCAGUAAAGGAAGAACCAUUUGCGUAUCUGUUGGUUGAUGUGGCUGAGGAAGGUAGAGAUCUGUAUGAUGGGUUAGAUCGAGUGUUUGAUGAAAGUGAGGUGGAUGUUGAGAAUGGGAAAGCUAUCAGACGAGUUGGUUUGGUUCACUUACCACCAAUAUUACAGAUACAACUUCAGAGGGUACAAUUUGAUAGAAGUACUCAUACUGUCUUCAAAUCAAAUGCGUACAUCAAAUUUGAAGAAAAAUUGCGGAUGGAUCGAUACCUUGAACCUGAUCCUGAAGAUCAAAUCGCGUUGGAACGUAGAACCAAGACGAUUGGUUGUAGGAAAGAGAUUGAAAGUCUUCGAGGCCGAUACAAUGAGUUAACAGCCAAUGUCACUGGCGGAGGAAAGCGUACCUCGAGCAAUAUAUUGCGCGAUCUUCAUAGUAUCCUUACAACCAAUCAAGCUACCAGUGCAGUCCCAUCCUUACCUGAAUUCUUGGGAGACAUAUUGAAAGAAUCAGAUAUCGAAUUUUUGUCAACUGAAGCAAAUGCGAUCGAAGAGGAAAUCAAGGUGGUUAAUGAACGAGUAAGAGAAUUGAAAGAAGAGGUUGAUAAAAUGUGGCAAGUUGUUGAGGAACCUAUGAAGGAUGUAUCUGGUGAAGUUGCUCAAGAGUCUGAAAAGAUGCAGGUUCAACCUUCGUCGGCUGAAUAUCGACUUGUUAGUCUGUUUAUGCAUCGAGGUACUGCUUCUGGUGGGCAUUAUUGGGCAAUUCAAAGACAAUUACCAGAUAAACCAGAACGUUGGUUGAAGUAUAAUGAUAGUGUAGUUUCAGAAGUAGAUCCAUUAUUAGAAGUUUUUAAUGAAGCUAACAAUUCAUCUGCGAAUCCAUAUUGGCUUACGUAUGUGAAAGUAGGAGAAGAAGAAAGGUUUGAAAUGAUGAAGAGAGAAAUAUUGGAAGAAAUUUAAAUUAUUAUUUUUUUGUAGCUUUUUUUUGGUUAUUUGUUUGUUUGAUUGUAUUUUUUUGUUAUCAAUAAUCGGUGAUGAAGUUUUAAGAAAGGUUGUGAGUGAGUGAAGAGAGAGAGAGAGGAGAAACAUUGAGAUUGUUUGUCUUGAAUUUUAAAAUACAUGAUUUAUGGGAUACACUGC